GGAUCAUUGAUGAUAGUAUCCUUUGACGGUCCUACUGAGAAUAUCAUUUCUAAACCAUGGCAUCCCAGGGCAGCGGCUUCCACGUCCUGUUGACAGGAGCGAACGGCUUUGUAGCCUCCCAUAUAUUGUCGAUCUUGCUUGCGCGUGGGUAUGCCGUUACCGCGACCGUACGCUCUAAGGAGAAAGCAGCCGACGUCGUAAAAACGCACCCCUCGUGGGAGGGCAAAAUAGAAUUCGCAAUUGUCGCAGAUUUCACCUCAGCAAAGCCAUUCGACGAAUUGUUCAUUAAUUCGAAAGCUCCUUUCACCCAUAUAAUCCAUACGGCAUCCCCUUUGAACUUCCGAGUUGAAGAUAUUCAAAAGGAAAUGAUUGAGCCAGCCGUAAGAGGGACUACGGAGAUUCUCAAGAGCGCCCAUCACUACGGUGGCGCAACCCUGAAACGUUUCGUCUUGUUGGGAAGCGCAGUGUCCGUCCUGAACUCAUUUGAGGAUAUCACGCGGGAAGGCCUGCCCUAUACUGAGAAGAACUGGAAUCCGGUAACGGCCGAGGAAGCCAUCGCGAAAAAGGAUACAGUUCUUGGAUACAAUGUCUCUAAGACAAGCGCGGAGUCUGCGGCUUGGGAAUUUAUAAAGUCAGAGUCACCCUGUUUUGAUCUGGCUGUCAUAAAUCCGGAUAUCAUUACAGGACCAAUGAUACACCCAAUUUCUGGCCCAAAGUCUAUUAACGAGACAAAUCACUUUGCGAUUGCAAGCUUUAUUGACGGAACCCAUCAGCAGGUUGAAGGGGUGACGUUUCCGUUCUACCAUUUCGUGGACGUCCGCGAUGUGGCUCGAAGCCAUGUUGAUGCUUUAACGAACACUCAUGCCGGAAGCCAGCGGAUUCUUCUAAUCUCAGGCAUUAUCUCACCGCAAUUAGUCGUGAAUAUCAUCAGGAAGAAUUUUCCUGCCCUGCGGGCCAGGGUUCCCGAAGGAAAUCCCUCGCAGAUCCUCCCACCAGGAGUGCAUCCAACCGGAUGGGAUAUGCGGUUGAGUCUAGAUAUUCUUUCUAAGGGAACAAAGGAACAAAGCUGGAAGUACAUUGAUCUAGAGACCAGUGUCACUGAUGCCAUUCGGACUAUGAUAGAGGCGAAGGUAAUCUAGUCUCAGGGCCCGAAGACUUUGCUCUUCUUUCUGGAUUCGUUAAGUUUCUUGUGGUAAAAGUUCUUUAUAAUGGCAUAAUUAACGAGUCUAUUGCAUUUUGCAUGACAUGAAGGGUAAUUAGGGUCCUAUCUAAAGACUUGUAGAGGCUUGCGUUAGGUUAGUUAGUAAGUGUUAGUUAGGUUAUUAUGUAGAUGGGUCUUAUCUAUACUAGGGCUGU